AAUCGGUAUUUUCUUCCUGUUUGAGAUUCCUAGUUAUUCUGUUUCAUAUAUUGUAACCAUAUUGUAGGAGUAUGUUUUGUCACGAGGUUAAAACAAAGUACUACCCAAAAGAGCGGCGGAUGCGGGGGUCCCUGUAUGUAGGCAUCAGCUUUGUGCGAUGUAAUUAGUCGUCCCUUCUAUGUGGUUACAUUAGACCUUCCGCCCGUACAGGGGCUAAAUAAUGCGGAGGAUUGUCUGCAUCAAGGCAGUGCAGAUAUAUACGAUUCAGGGCGACCCUGAUUCCUUCGACCUACUUUGCGCGAAUUGUCAUAAUAUUUUUCACUCGAAACUUCGACUGCAACAUUGUUACGAUGGAUCAUGAAAAACCUGAAGCGGUGAUUCCACCGCAAAUAUUCGAGUUCGAUAUCGAUCAAACUCGAAGUCGGACAAGUCCAGAUGCAGAGCCCAAUUACCCUGAAGACCGUCGGGAACGCCGAGGGGAGAGUUUGUGGAGAACACUUGGUGAACGGCACAUUAACAUGAUAGCAUUUUCUGGCACAAUUGGAAAUGGGCUUUUUCUUGGUAGUGGUCGAUCCCUUGCCGGAGCCGGACCAGGCGGCGCCGUCAUGGCGUACAUUAUUAUGGGAACAGUGGUUUCGUCUGUUAUAUCUUGCUUAGGUGAAAUGACCGCUCUUAUGCCUGUCAAUGCCCCAGUUGUGGAGUUCCCUCGAAGAUUCUUAGAUCGCGGCGUUGGGUUUGCCGUUGGGUGGAUGUAUUGGUUCGCGUGGGCUGUCACUGCCGCAGAAGAACUAGUUGCGGUUUCCGGAACUCUUGGAUUUCAUUAUGAUGAUGGAAGAACAUUUCUAGCUUGGACAAUUGGAGAGAGUGUCGACCCUGCUGUUUGGAUUGGAUUGUUCCUAAUAAUUGUUACUGCUAUCAAUAUGUUUCCUGUCAAAUAUUUCGGAGAACUAGAGUAUGCUUUCGGUUGCAUCAAGAUCAUUUUCAUCACGAUGGUCAUUGUUUUGAUGCUUAUUCUUGACACUAAGCAACCUAGCUCUGAUGCUUAUUACACAUCACCCCCGAACUCUAAAUAUUGGUGUCAUCCGUGGGGAUUCUUCAACCACGCCUACUCCGUUCGAGAUGAAACAGGAAACCUGCAGCGAAAGAUUGAAGGUCCUGCUGGCUCAUUCCUUGGGAUGUGGACAACUAUCAUUAAUGUUAUCUUCUCAUAUACUGGAAUGGAUAUUGUAGCAGCAACUGCGGCAGAAUCAAAAUCGCUUGCUAAUGCUGAGAGUAUGAAAAUGGCCGCAAGAAAGAUCUCCAUCCGUAUCGUUACUCUCUAUACUAUGGCCAUGAUCACAGCAUCUUUUAUAGUGCCAUACACUCAUCCUUUCAUCAAUGGAAAGGGACAAUCGGUUGGCGCACACUCAAUUUUUGUUAUUGCAGUCGUCGAAGCGGGAUUGCCAGCAAUGGCCCAUUUCUUCAACGCCAUCUUCGCUUUUGCAUCCUUUACUUGUGCUAUCAAUUCUAUGUAUGUGGCAUCGAGAGUCUUACAUACUUUGGCUUUACAGGAUCAGGCUGGACCAGAAUUUAUUGCAAGGAGAUUGAGGCAAACUCGAUCAGGUGUUCCAAUCAGAGCGGUAUUAGCAACGGCUGCUAUGGCUCUAGUGGCUUUCAUGGGUAGAACUGGCACAACUGCGAUUCGACUAAGUGAAUUGGCUUCAAAUUGCACUUCGUCGAUUCUUAUCGUCUACGCCACGAUUUGUGCUACUUAUCUCGGAUUUUUCCGGACACUCGAGGAUACAAAACUGUAUGGAAAUGCAUCUGAGAGGCAAGCGGCGCAUUAUAACCGCGAUCAUCCACGUUACCCAUACAAAUCGCAUGGUCAAUGGCUUAAAGGGUUUUAUGGCAUGACUGCAUGCAUUAUUCUCGUUACUUUUAACGGUGUUUCUGCAUUUCUUGAAAGACCUUUUGAUGCCAGAAGGUUCGUUGCGAGUUACGUGUCCGUUCCAGUGUUUAUUCUUCUAAUCAUAGGCUAUAAAAUCAAUAAACAUGGACUAAAAAUACGAAAUUGGGGUCCGGAAAGAUCAAAUGAUUUACGGAAUACAAUUCAAGCUGCGAGUGAGAAGAGAAAGGGAAGAUUGGAGUUUCCGGACCAGGGAAUUAGUAUGGAGAAUUUCAAGACGUGGGCGCACUGGAUCUGGGUUUGGACAAGAUAGGUUGUGCUGGAACACGACGAGUGUGGUGACGCCUUUGGAACUUCGUAUUGGGUGGUUUAUGAUUCCAUGAGAUCGGCUUGGGUAUGGAUCGGGUAUGGAGGAAUAAUUGAGGCUCAAAUAAUAUUGUAUCAUGAGGCUGCUACGGAACUACAAGAUGGGAAAGGAUACAAGAUACUAGGAUGGGAUAAAGAAGGAAACUGAAUAAGAUCGGCGUACAGGCGCGGAAUAGGUCAACGGAAAGAAUGUUGCACAAUAUCGAGUCAUCAAAAACAUUUUUUAUAAUAUAGGGAGGAUACUUGGGAGUGAGAACUCCUACUAAUAUUGAAAUUUAUCCAGUAUAUUAGCGUACGCUAGCGCAUGAUGUAAUAUAUUAAAAAUCAAAUAGACUAGCAAAAUCCUAAAAAUCCUAAAA